CAUUCUUCUUUUGAACAAAAGACCUUAUUUUUAUUCUUCCUGUGCGAGGCAUUGAGUGCCAUUGCGACUCUUGUUGUCGACCACUUUCAUUUGAUUGAAUUCUGAGCCCAUUGCUUCAAGCCUAGACUGUUGCACAGCGUCCGACAGUUCUAAAAAUUUGAUGAUCUCGGACUUGUUUCGCUAUUUUCCUGCAUCUGCUUUUGACUUUCGUCUCAUACCCAGUCGAGCUGGAUUUCGCGCAUCGACCUGCUCUCCGUUGUUGAAGAAAAAUAUCUCCACUACUAACACUUAUAUCGACUUCCAUCCUAUGCGCUGGCCGGUCUUACUUCCGUAUUGUGCAAAAGUUUCCUAUGACUGCUAGCAACUCUACAAUCUAGCACUGAUAUCACAUGGCUCCCCAAGCUGAAAGCGCAGGCUCUGGGCCCCAGCCAGAUGGGGACGUUGCGCGAAAAGGAUCAGUCAAAAGAGCGCGGGAGUUGCUUCAGGCCGGAAAGCGUCCUGAGAGAGCGCCAGAGGAACCAGCGCCCUCAUUCCGCAUUAAUCCAGCCCAUAUGACACAAUGGCCUCUGCCCGACAACGCCCCUCUGCCGCCGACUCUAGCUAACCCUCACGCAACCUUGGUCGUUCCAAAAGGGCCUCCGCCUGUGCGCCCACCCCGUCCGGAUUGCCCGUCCCCUUCGGUCUACUCGGAGAGAAGCAUGUCCGAUGUCCCACCAGCACCUAGCCCGUUGAACAUCAAACGUCCAGUUCCCUCCUUUUCUCAGCCGUUCCCCAUCCCGUCAGGCCCGCGUCCGGCCAUCAGAAUCCCUAUUCCUCGGCCGCCUAGCCCAGACAGUGUUGCAGGUUCAACACCUCGCGUUUCCGUCGCCACAGACGACCUCUUUCGACAGUCAGGUAUUUCCACCGUCUCGUCGAUCACUGAACUUCCCUCAGUUCCUCAUCCGCUUCCCCCACAGCAGCGUGUUGCGCCAGGGGGCGCGCCAAAGAAGACCGCUAGCCUUGCUCCUCCAGUGCCUGCGGCACGACAGCGCGCCUCGUCUGUUUCGCCUAUUCCGGAGGAAUUACCGGAUAGCCCAACCAUUUCGCAAGAUCACUACGGCUCUGCCCAGCCAUAUCCACCUAGCUGGUAUUCAGCACAGGCAGAAUCGGAAAUCUUGGGCACGUAUCUGGACGGCGAAUCCGACGAUGAUGCCUCUAGACAUUCUACUCACCAAGCCGGAGUAGCUACGGCUACGCUCCUCAGGCAAGCCAGCGUCGGGACCAGAGGAAAACCUUCCUUACGCACGAUUCAAAAAUCCAAUGCUAGCUCGCCAGUACCGCCCUCAGAGAGGACCCCAGUGUCUGCUAGACCGACUACGUCCGGGACUACGGGCACGGAGUUUAUCCUGAAAGAAGUUUCUAUAGGGCCCGAUCGGAGAGAUUCUGUUUCGUCCAGCUCAACAGGGUCUGCGCACUUCAACCUGGAAAAAGCACCCAUCGUCUUGGAUGUCAGCACUCAACAUCCUGCCUUAGCUCGUCCAUACGUUGACAAUGGGGGUUUGGAGAAGGAGAUCGGAGCUCUUCCCAGGGCUGCGCCAACCAUGAGCGACAAACGCCCAGGUGGCCGCCGGCCUCCACGUCUCAACAUGAGUGCUGUUCGUGACGCAGAGGCUCGAGGGAGCCUUACGAGUUUGCCUGACCUCAUUCGACGUGCGACAAGACUUGCCUCGAAUCUAGAGCAUGGCCGGACUGCGAGUCGAAAUGAUUUAUUGAAUGGCGGAGGUGGUUCCAGAUUCCAAUAUGACGCCAAACGCAAGUCAGGAUCAAUCAAGAGCAUCUUGGCGUCGUUCCCCCCGCCGGCUGCAACUCCUGAGGGAGGUCACUCGUCUUGGCCUUUCUUCUUCAGGAGGUCCACGCUGCAUCAGAUUCACUCCAACGAACCACCACGGGCAGAUGGUGAUGAUCAAGAAAAGGCCGCACCGAAACAACCACGUCGAUGCUGCGGACUACCCCCGUGGCUGUUUGCCCUUAUUUGCGUCGUUAUCAUCAUUGUCAUCUUGGCCGCCAUCCUCAUCCCCGUGGGUCUGCUCGUGGUGCGCCAUAAGUCGAGUGGUACGAGCUGCGCCACAACUAACCCAUGUGAAAAUGGCGGCGUCAGUGUCUCAAGCGGUAGUAUUUGCUCCUGCGUGUGUGCAAACGGCUAUACCGGAUCUCGCUGUACAAUUUCUGGCGAUGCCAGCUGUGUCACCACUGAAGUCGAUGGUAAGAACGCCACCAUGGGCAGCGAGCUUCCUCGCCUGUUUGAGUACGCGCAGCAAAACUACAGCAUCGCACUUGAUGCUGUGACGAUCAUGGCCCUAUUCAGCCAGAGCAAUGUGUCCUGCACGACGGAAAACACCCUUGUUUCGUUCUCCAGCGUAUCAACAAGCAGCAGCAAAGCCCGCCGUGCUCUGUCUGACUCGUCCCUCGAGGAGCCCUCAAUCUCCAGUCACCUGCUAGCCAAAGUCGAGCACUCUCCCAGCUCAGCUUUAUCAGAACGUACUCCCACGCAAGCUCUUGCAGCCCGCGACUCUGUCGCUACAGCGCACGGUAUCGUCUUCGAUGACGAUCCACCAAGCAGUACUGGAACCGCAACUGCAACCGCGACCGCAACCAAGACAAACCACGAGUCCUCAGCCACGCAAACUUCCACCUCUAGUUCGAGUACGACUGCAACUACUUCUUCAUCCUCCAACUCGACAACCGUCACAACAGAAGUGCUUGACUUCGCCCGUGUCGCUGUCCUCUACAUCCUAGAGGAAACAGGCACCCUCUCCGCGGCGGAGUUCUCAGAAAGCAACAUCCAAGAUUACCUGUCCGAUGACUACUCGGACGCCAAGAGCCACAAAUUCACCGUUGACCUCACUCCCUCCGGUGUGAUCGGCAAUUACACUUUAAACUUUGACGACUUUGAGAUCACAUUACCCAGUGGAAGUGUUGUCGGUGGUGACUAAAAUACCAUGUUCUUUCUACCAGGAGGCUGCAGUUGUAUUUUUAAUUUAAUCUAGUACAUAUUCCCGAAUCUCGACUUGGC